AUGGAAGACAAUGAGUACUUGGACUUAGCAGAUUACUUGGUGUUCUUUUCCAUGCUGCUCAUUUCGGCUCUCAUAGGCAUCUACUAUGCUGUGACUGAGGCCUAUGAAACAUACAUCGACUUACUCAUGGCUGGGAAAAAGAUGACAGGAUAUCCUGUGUCAUUGUCACUCUUGGCCAGUUUCCUUUCCGCCAUCACCGUACUGGGCAUGCCUCUUGAAGUGUACAAAUAUGGUGCCAUACAGCUAUACGAUAUACUGACCUACACCAUAGUGAUCUUCAUCGUAGGGGAGGUCUACCUGCCUGUAUUCUACCGGCUCAACAUCAUCAGUACCUAUGAGUACUUAGAACUUCGAUUUAACAAAUGCCUUCGCAUAGUUGGAUCAAUUCUCUUUAUUGUUCAAAUGGUAUUAUAUAGUGGACUUGUUAUUUGUGCUCCAGCUCUUGCUUUUAGAGAUGUCACAGGAUUUGGACUCCGGACUGCAAUAUUUGCAACUGGGGUGGUCUGUACUUUCUACUGCACAGUGGGAGGUCUCAGAGCUGUUAUAUGGACAGAUUUUUUUCAAACUUUAAUUAUGGUAUCAGGAUUCCUGACAAUUAUUAUUAAGGCCUCAAUUCUUCAAGGUGGAAUUUCAAAUAUCAUAAAACACUCUCAACAAGGAGGAAGACUUAACAACUGGGACUUCGAUCCUAAUCCUUACUUGGACAACAGUUUCUGGACAAUUGUAAUAGGUGGGGCCUUCACGUGGACUGGCAUCUUUGGUAUCAACCAUUGUCAAGUGCAGAGAUAUACAUGCUGUAAAUCCAAAUUCCAUGCGAAAUUGGCCCUUUAUGUAAAUCUUAUGGGACUUUACAUUAUUAUUAUUUGUGGAGUGCUGUGUGGAUUGUCAUUGUACUCUAUAUAUCAUGCCUGUGAUCCUUAUGAAGCACAUCAAAUUAAACAAGAAAAUCAGAUCGUGCCAUUCCUAGCAGUGAGUAUUCUAAGGGUAGAACCAGGACUUCUAGGACUUUUUGUGUCAGCUGCUUAUAGUGGAACAUUGAGCACCGUUUCCUCUAGCAUCAAUGCCUUAGCUGUUGUAACUAUAGAAGAUAUUAUCAAGCCUUGUUUAAAUGACCCUUCGGGAACGACUCUUUCUAUUCUUUCUAAAGUAAUAUGUAUAUUUUAUGGAGUGAUUUGCGUUGUGAUGGCUAUACUGUCAUCACUUUUCGGAAAGCUGAAAGAGGCUGUUGUCAUAGUAUUUGGAAUGAUUGGAGGACCUCUCUUGGGCUUGUUUACUCUUGGAAUUUUAAAUCCUUUUGCCAAUGCAUAUGGUUCAGUUAUAGGUCUUAUUAUUGGAUACAUAAUUUCACUUUGGCUAGGAAUUGGAUCUCAGCUUAACCCUGGACCUUAUGAGCUUAAUGCACCAUUACCUGUUUCAAUUGAAAAUUGUACUGAAGCUAGGACUGCAUAUCAUAAUUGGACUAGGGUCCUGGAACAACCAGUCUUAAUACCAUGGAAAGAAACAAUGAAAAGUUAUCAGGUAUUAAACUUUUACUGGAUUUCUCAUAUGUAUUUAAGUAUGAUUGGGACAAUUACAACCAUAUUCGUGGGAUCAAUUGUCAGCCUCAUAACAGGUGGAAUAAACCAGGAUGUUAAGAGAAGAUUCUUACUAAUGAAAGAAGACACGAUACUUUUUUAUUUCAAGAAACCUGUGGAGGCCUACAAAACUGUCUCCAGGUCUAUAGCCUGUGGAGGCCUACAAAACUGUGUCCAGGUCUACAGCCUGUGGAGGCCUACAAAACUGUGUCCAGGUCUACAGCCUGUGGAGGCCUACAAAACUGUCUCCAGGUCUACAGCCUGUGGAGGCCUACAAAACUGUCUCCAGGUCUAUAGCCUGUGGAGGCCUACAAAACUGUCUCCAGGUCUAUAG